AUGGCGUCUUCUUCAACUUCAUACAUUCCUAAGAGCUUUAAGUAUGAUGUGUUUUUGAGUUUUAGAGGUGUAGACACUCGUACCAAUUUCACCGAUCAUCUUUAUGAAGCUCUUCAGCAGAAAAGCAUUUAUACUUACAGGGAUGACGAGAGAAUCAAGAAAGGGAAAAGGAUCAACGAUGAGCUUCUCGGAUCUAUUGAAGACUCAAAAUUCUAUAUCAUUGUUUUCUCCAGGAACUAUGCGUCUUCUUCUUGGUGUUUGGAUGAGCUUGUGAAGAUAAUGGAGUGUCACAAGACGACUAUGCAUACUGCUUAUCCCGUAUUUUAUGAUGUGGAACCCACAGAAGUCCGCAAGCAGAUCGGGGCAGUUGGAGAAGCCUUUGCCAAACAUGAAAAGGAAGAGGCUGCUGGGAAAUGGAGAGAGGCUUUGAAAGAAGCAGCCGAUCUCGCAGGGUGGGAAUUAAAGAAAACUGAUGAUGGGCAUGAAGCUAAACUCAUCAAAAGAAUUGUUGAAGAAAUUUCAUUAGAGUUACGUUCCAUCAAUUUCAGCGUUGAUGAAAAACUAGUUGGCAUAGAGACACGGAUCAAUGAGAUCACAUCAUCUUUAGGAACUGGUUCUGAUGAUGUUCGCAUGAUUGGGAUCUGGGGUAUAGGAGGUGGUGGAAAGACAACUUUGGCCAGAGCUAUUUUUAAUAAAAUUUAUUUCGAGUUUGAAUGCAAAAGCUUCAUUGAGAAUGUUCGGGAAGUUUCGAAAGCUUCUUUGUCCGGUUUGAAGUUGUUGCAAAAGCAAGUCCUUUCAGAUGUCCUAAAUGAUCAAUGCAUCAACAUAAGUAGUAUUUAUGAAGGGAAAAACAUGAUGAAGAAGAUGAUGCGUAAUAGAAAGGUUCUUCUUGUUCUAGAUGAUGUGGACCAUAUAGACCAGCUUGAGGCGUUAGCUGGUGAUCUUAAUUGGUUCAAGCCGGGAAGUAGAAUUAUCAUUACAACAAGAGAUAAGCAAGUGCUUGUAGCACAUAGGCUGAAGUUGAUUCAUACUCUCAAUUUGUUAUCAAAUAAGGAAGCGAUUUGCCUCUUCAGUAGGUAUGCAUUUGGGAAAGAGACUCCAAUUCAAGAGUACGAAGAACUAUCAGGACAAGUUGUAUGUUAUGCUGCUGGUCUUCCCUUAACAAUCAAAGUUUUGGGUUCGUUUCUCUGUGGUAAAAAUAAGAGUGAAUGGAUAGAUGCCCUAGAAAGACUAGAAACAAUUCCGUUAAAUGAAACUCUAAAAAUAUUGGAAUUAAGCUAUAUCGGCCUAGAGGAAGAUUACAAGGAAAUAUUUCUACAUGUCGCAUGCAUAUUGAAAGGUGAGCUGAAAGGCUAUGCAAUCCAAGUGCUUGAAAGUUGUGGAUUUCAUGCUAAAAAUGGUUUAAGGGUUCUUGAGCAAAAAUCUCUCAUAACUAUUUAUGAUAAUCAUGAUGAUGAGCAUGUUGGCAUGCAUGACCAUUUUGAAGAAAUGGGCAAGAAUAUUGUUCGUCGUUCGCACCCGGAUAUGCCUAACAAAUAUAGCAGAUUGUGGGAUAGCAAGGAAAUUGAAGAUAUAUUGGCUAAUGACUUGGGUACUAAAGCAACAAGAUGUAUAAAAUUCCACAAGGGGGGACUCGAUCCGGAAACCAUUAUGAAAGGUCUUAGAAAGAUGAAGGAACUGAGGUUUCUUGAUGUGGCUUUGCGAGAUUUUUACUCGAUUCAAGAAACGAAUAAUGAACUCAUGCCAAACUUUCUAAAUGCUUUAGGAUUUCUGUGUUGUAAUUGGAAAUCUAAUGAAACUCCAUACUUUCCAAAUGCUUUACAAUAUCUGCGUUGGGACGAGUACCGUUUUAGGUAUUUACCCAAAACAUUUCAAGCAAAUGAACUUGUGUCACUUGAGAUUGCUGAAAGCGAUAUCAUACAACUCUGGGAAGGGAGAGAAAGAAAGGUUCUUGACAAGCUCAGAUUCCUUGACCUUAGUUAUUCUAUGUUGAGGACCUUUGACCUUGGGCUUACUCCAAAUCUCGAGAGGUUGAAUCUUAAAGGAUGCAGUCAUUUGGGAGCACUUUACAUGCCCGUUGAAUGUGUAAAGCUUAAAUAUCUCAAGCUUGAUGGUUCAAAGCUGAGGACACUUGACCUUGGGUUAGCUCCAAAUCUUGAAUUGUUAGAUCUAUACGAUUGUUAUAAUUUGGUAGAACUUCAUGCACCCAAUGGAUUCUUAAACCUCAAAUACCUCAACCUCAGAGGGUCAAAGUUGAAGACCCUUGACCUUAGAUUGGCUCCGAAUCUUGAGACGCUGUUUCUUUUUAGCUGCAACGAUUUGGUAGAGCUUCACAUGCCACGUAGGUGUCUAAAUCUCAGAUCCCUAUUACUCAAUAAUUCAAAGUUGAAAACCCUUAACAUUGGUCUGACUCCAAAUCUCGAUGUUUUAAGUCUUACAAGCUGUUACGAUUUGGAAGAACUACACAUGUCAGAUGCAUGUCAAAAGCUCACAUCCCUCUUCAUUAGUCGUUCAAAGUUGAGGACUCUUAACCUAGGGUUGUCUCCGAAUAUCACAGCUUUGCAUCUUCAGGAAUGUGAUGAUUUGGUAGAACUUCACAUACCUCGUAUUUGUCUAAAUCUCAGAUCGAUAGUACUCUAUAACUCAAAGUUGAGGACCCUUGACCUUACGCUGACUCCAAACCUCAAGUCUUUAUAUCUCCCAAAUUGUUUUCAUUUGGAAGAACUUCACGCUUCCAUUGGAUGGCUUAAAAAUGUUGUCGACUUAGAGUUAAAUGGUUGUUUGGGGUUUACAUCUUUUUCUUUUCACAUAAAAAAUCACAAUUCUGGUAGAGAGAAUGAAUCACCUGAGGUUCGUAUUGCAGCUCGGUUACAUUUCACCUUAGAAAGAUGCCCAUUUCACCCCGACAAUAAAUUGCCAAAGUUUGAGUUUGCAUGUUUUCGUAAAGAAGAGCUACCCUCAUUGACUAGAAACCUUGAGAAGCUUAUUUCUAUGGGAUCGUGUGCGUGCAACAAACUUGAAACUUUUUCAAGAAGCAUCUGUGGGUUACAACGUUAA